CGGAUCUUUUGAGUCGGUUCAUUGGCACGAACAGUGAAAUCGAACCUGUUGUUCGGACGUCCUCACUGAACGAGCAUAGCAAGCGAUAGAUAUGGUGAAGAGGUGUGUUUUGGGUUGUUACCCGCAUAAAACCUUGUUCCCUUUUCCUAAAAUACCCUGGUUGCGAGCCCGCUGGCUUGAAUUUCUGCAUUUUGAGGAAGGAGGAAUAUCGGAGAGCUCGCGUUUGUGUGGCAGGCACUUCGCUCCUGAAUGCUUCACAAAUUUAAAGCAGUACGAAAUGGGGUUCUCAGACUUUCUGUACUUGAUAGAUACAGCUGUCCCGACAGUAUACACCGUUGGUCCGUCGCAAAGUUUGAAGCCACUGACACGAGAGGUGGGCUGCCAAUGUCAUGGUCCACUUUUGAAGAAUGCGUCUGUCCAAGCAAUACGCACACAGAAAAAGCCAAAAAUACGCAGCAAAGCGAUUCAAGUGAAACCUCUUGUGAGUCACUGUGCUAGCGUGUCCUGCUCCGAAGAGGACUUUGCGGUCAGUCCCAAACCUCCAUUCACAUUAUUACCAAUUAAAAGGCCACGUAUGGAGGAAAGCACCGUUGAGUCCACCAAGGGAUCCUGGUUACACCGCACAGAGAAACCAACAGAUUCCACCUUCCAAAUACCCACUGUCAAACAAGAGGAUGAUGUAAAGCUUGAGCCCUGUGAUUCUUCGUACAUCGUCGUCACCAUCUGAAUCCUCCAUUUCGUCAUCUGCAGAGAACAGGAUCUGACCAGCACAAGAGGGGACAAGAGACAGAGAGAGUUUGACUAAUCAACCUGUUUGUUUUUUUUAAAGAAUCAGGUGACAUAGAUUACAUUUCUUCUUGAACACAUCCUAAACAAUUCUCCUCCCAAAAUGAAAUGUGUAUAUAGGUCUACAGCCAUGAUAAGAUGGGUGACAUUCUUUAUAUAACCCAUGAUGGGCGACCUUCAAAGAGAGGACUACAAUCACUUGACCAAACCAUCUUGACACAGAUCAUCAUAUGCAUCAACAUAUUUAUUUUUGACACCUAAAAGUGGCAUGUGGAUGGAAAUACUAAACCUGAGGUAAUAAGGACCAAGUGGCCUGUCUUUUUCACACCAUUAAUUUUUCAAUGUUUCCUGCUCAAAUUGCUUGCAUUGUGUCAAAUCUAGUGUGUUUAAAGGUUUUGUGAGUUGAGAAGGAUACACAUUUAUUUAAUAGAUGUAAAACACUAAGGCCAAUUAAUGAGAGAAAGUCAACACCAGAGAACCUAGAGUUCAUAACCGGACAUGCUAAUGUUUUGCAUGCCGGAACAGUCAGCGUAGACCAUUCUCAAAGACACACCUGCUUCAUUAGAUUGCAAACUUACUGGCUGAAGUGUUAGGGAAAGAUUAUAACAUUAUUGUCAGUGAGGGUCAGCCAAACAACUUAUGUAACUACCAUGCAAAAUAAAGUGGUGUAAAAGGAGGUCCCAUUUAAAACAUGAAAUGUUAUAUGAAAAAUAAAAAAUGAAUACUUUCAGCUCAGAAAGUGCUUUGUUAAAGAAGCCAAAAUAUCUUUGCCAAAGCAAGUCAAUGUCUAGAUUCAGAUCAACCCAGUCAGACCUGAAGAUUUUUGUUGUUUCAAAACCGUUUAAUACAUUUCAUUAGUUAUUGAAUGUUGUCAUUUAUGUAAUCAGUGCAGAGUCUACUCUGAUAUAUUUAAUGUAUUACUUUGAUAAGAUGAAAUGUUAAGCUAUUAGUGGGAACUAAGAUACAAUUUAUCCAACUACCAAUAAAAAACAUGUUAAGUUACAGGUCUUUUACUAUUUUUGGCAACUUCAGUGUCUGACCUGUGUGAAAGUCUAUGAUGUUGUUGGUAAUAAACCAUCUCCUAUAUGGC